GCCAUGUUGGGAGUGGCGGCCCGCCCAGGCGCGGCGUGCUUGCCGCCAUGUCUGCGGCAGCGGGUUGCCGGAGCGGUGGGAUGGUGCCGGUGCUGCCGGGGCUCUACGUGGGCGGCGCGGAGUCGUGCACGUCCCCGGAGUUGCUGGCGGCGGCGGGGGUGGGGGCGGUGCUGACGGUGGACGCGGAGGAGCCGCCGGCGGUGCCGGGGCUGCGGGCCAUGUCCGUCCGGGUGCUGGACGAGCCCGGCGCCGACCUGCUGAGCCGCCUGGACGACUGCGCCGCCUUCAUCGGCGCGGCGCGGGCGGGAGGCUGCGCCGUCCUCGUCCGCUGCCAGGCCGGGGUGAGCCGCAGCGUGGCCGUGGUGACCGCCUACCUCAUGAAGACGGAGGGACUCGGCUGGGAGGAGGCGUACGCCGCCGUCAGGGCCGCCAAACCCGACGCCGAGGUGAACCCGGGCUUCCAGGGGCAGCUGAGGCUCUACGAGGCGAUGGGCUGCUCCGUGGACAGCGCCAGCGCCCUCUACAAGCGGUACCGGCUGCAGAUGCUGACGGAGAGGUUCCCCGAAAUUCAAGACUUACCCCGAGAAGUCUUUGCUGUUGAUCCAACCAGUAUGUGCCAAACUCCAAACACAGAGGUUCUCUACAGGUGCAGGAAAUGCAGGCGCGCUCUGUUCCGUAGCUCCAGCAUUUUGUCCCACGUGGAAGGAAGCGGACCAGCAGCCUUUGCCCACAAGAGGAUAACAGACUCUGCUCAGCUUUGUGGCGAUGGACGUGAGAAGUGCACCUCGUACUUCACCGAGCCCGUGCAGUGGAUGGAGCCAGCGCUGCUCGGAGUAAUGGAAGGACAGCUUCUGUGUCCCAAAUGCACAUCGAAGCUGGGCUCCUUCAGCUGGCGGGGUGAGCAGUGUUCCUGCGGCCGCUGGGUGACACCCGCCUUCCAGAUCCACAAAAGUCGAGUGGAUGAAGUGAGGACACUGCCAGUUGGAAGCUUCCAAGCUGCCAAAACCUGAACUCGUUGCUUCUCUAGAUGGAUUUCAUGUCCAUGGAGAACUGCUGGCUAGUCUGUGGUUGCCAGGAGUCAGCUUGUGACUUCCACACAUUGGUAACGUGAUGGAAUUAACUGAACAUCUGCUCUAUUCAAGCUUGCUGUGUCUCUAAUGUAUAUAAAAUAGCAAAAGACUUCCUUCAAA